CACCCACACGUUUUCUGGGAAGAAAAUAAGUUGAAUUAAUUGCGUUACAGUUUGAAAUGUGUUAUUAAAGCUUCGAAUUUUUUAAGAUUACAUCGUACUAUUCAAGUGGUCGCUUGCCCACUUGUUACUCAAGUGAAAUUAAUAGAAAAAUGAAAUUAUUCAGAAGUUAUGAACAACUACAGGAAGUCAGAAAUACUACACCAGAACGUAGAAUUAUUUGUUUUGAUUCUGUGAUCUUGCUAUGGUGACUGCCAAUUUCCAUGCCAGGAAGCUCAUUGAGCAAAAACGCAAAGAAUGCGAGCACGUCGUGUUCUUUGUAAAUGGUAAACCAUUCUAAAUCAUUGGCAGGUGUGAAAGAGAAAAAGCAAACACAGUAAACACGCUCAACUCUCAAAUAAUCGUUUAAUUUAGUGCAUGCCACGACAUGUUGGUCAGGAUAACAAGGAAGGCGAUUCUACCGUUUAAAACUUAAGACGAUUGAAGAACCUUAUAAGAAAGGUGUAUAAAAGUGAAGCAUGUUCAAGAAUCGGAGAGACAAAAAGCACUUUGAUACCAUUCGACUUCUACUAAACGCAGACGAAGAUAAUGAAGAUUCCUAUGUUGAAAAUAACUCUAAAUGCGAUCACGAGUUAAGUUUCAUCGAAGAAGACGGUGCUGCGCCAUAUGACCUUAGUAUCAACGAACACACGACGAACAAUGAGGUCAUUGAAUGUACAGAUACCGAUAAAAGUUGUUGUUCGGACAACGCCAACUCGACUAAUUUUUCAUCGCAAAGGAGGAAAGAGCUUCAACGACAAGUUUCAUGCACCCCAAGUUAUUAUGAAUCCGGCAAACGCUGGCAGUUGAUUUUGCAUUGUAAGAAAGUUCCACAUGCGCGAAAGAAGAAAACUUGGAAGCGUAUUGUAGUUAGACUUGAAGGGAAUUCUCUGAGUUUUCACGCUGAAGACUUUGAAUCAUCGUCGCCCUUUAAGGUCGUUCAUCUUGAUUGGUUUCAUUCAUUUACCUUGUCAAAAAAGAGCAGGUUAAUCCAUACCGAUUAUGUUUUUAUCGCUAUCUUAGAAAACACUCUCCAGAAAAAGGGGGGAGCGAAAAGUCAAGGAAGGAUAAAGCUUGGUUGCACAAAUUCCAGCAUUCUGAAAGAUUUCAUCAGAACUGUGGAGGAUUGCAUCUCGAGCUUUCCAUCCUUUCGACCUGCUGGUAUUUCAUACAAAAGAGAAAAGGUUUCUUUCAUAGUGUAUGAUACUUAUGAUUAUAUUCAAAAAGAUAGCAUUAAUUUGAAGAUUCCAAAAAUUCACGGUGUUGUUUGCGAGACCAAAGAAGAAUGCCAUUUUUCUCUGAAGCAAGUCAAGAUAAUGAUGAAGGCAAGAGUAUCCGCGAGCCCUGAGUGUCGUACAAAUUUCAGACACUCAGAAAACUUUUCCAAAAAGCCAUGUUUGGAAGAAAUACGCUUUCACAAGUGCGUAAAAAGUUUCUUCUCACGCAAACAGACGACAGCCGCUGGAGUUUUGCCACUUGAUAACACUUGGUUUCAGUUGAUGUCUUGGCAAGGUUGUUCGUCGAAACUACCACCGUUGCGUUGCGAGGUGAAAGUCCACAAAAACGAAAACAGAAAAUGCCUUCACAUUCUCGCUCAACUAUUCACAUCGUCGACUCGUUUGGACGUGAAGUCAGCUAAGAAUAUUGUUAUAAGGCUUCAUAUUCCGUCGAAAUUCCUGAAUACGUAUGGAAAAGAAACCGCAAGUGAAACUGUAGAAAGACACACGAGAGUUUCAAAAGGAGAUGUCUUCUACAAUACACGCGAAAGCACGAUGUUUUGGCUUCUUCCUAAAAUUGUCUUCAAAUCCUAUCGACAUUUUCACCUUGUUGGCAAACCUUUGGCGAGCUUAGAAAGUGAUGUACACCUUCAGAAGUUAUGCCACGCACAAAGACUCGUGCAGAAACCUUUAGACAUGGAUUUUUGCGCCAAAGGAAGCGCAGAAUCAUCCGAAGUCUUUAUUUCUAGCUUGAAAAUUGGUCUCAAGUCUUUUGGCAAGUUCAGUACUAUGCAUCGUUCUCUUUACCAUGUUAAAAUCCCAGUGACAUUUGAUGCGUAGAGAUUUUACCUUAAGAUAAAAAUACAAGACCAUUUUAAUUCACGAAAUAGUUGAUUAAAAAAGAUUGCGGCUUAAGAAUGCAAUUUGGGAUCUCGUUUUAACUUCUUGCCGCCUGCGAUCAGAUUAAUCCAAUAAAUAGUUGAUCAUUUUCGCUUCUUGCAACAAUGGAUUCGAUUAA